GUUUCUAUGUUAGUGUAGGGAGCAGCUGUGGAGCACGUCUGUUAAAACAUUUAAAACAAAAAUGUUGCAAUUUCAAGUAAAAAACAGUUUUUUUUAGGUUGGAAAUAUAGGUUUGUUGUUGUAAAACCUCGUGGGCGCGCCUGAAUGAUAUUGCGCGCGUCCCAUAAUCGCAAACUCUGACCGAGGCACAGCGGCUCCUCACACAGCAUCACUACAGCAGCACAGGGUUCAACUCACAGGUUCGUCUCUCCGCUGUUGUUUAAAAAAACAGAAGUUUUGUUGUUGUUUUUUUGUAGUAAAAUCAAGAACUCCAAGUUGAUCACCGGGAGAAGAAUUCAAACACACCGGUGGGAUUAACGGGAUUUGUAGUCUACUUGGAGCGAGGAUGUGCGGUAUGGAUGUGGACUUGGAUGAAGGCGGUUCAGGCCAGGAGGAGAAAGAGGAGGAGUUCUGGAUCGGGGAAGGGGUGAAGAUGCUUCCCCCUCCCGUGGCCCACAGCGGAGGCAGUGCAUGGGGCAGCCGCAGGGGCAGAUGUGGCUGUGUGGCCUGCGGGGCAGCUCUCAUCCUCUGGGACCUGGGUGUUAUUUUGGCCAGCGCCCUGCUCCUGGCUCUGGUCUUCUCUGUGGUGCUGCUCCCUGCAAUGCUGCUGCUGUACGUCGGUUUUCUCUGCCACUCCAGGGUCCUCGAUGCCCCCUCCGCCAUCUGCCGUUACCUUGACGACAACAGCUGCUCCGCCCUUAUCAUCCUGGGUUUCGUGAUGAUGUCACCGCUCGUGGUAGUGGCAGCCGCCGUCUUCUGCGGGCUGCUCCGACGGUUUCGACUCCUGCUUCUAAUUCAGCCAAUCACACGUGCCUGGUACCGACGGCGGCUGUUGGACUGGGUGGGCAGUGUACACAACUGGGUCUGAUUGAGAUGAACAGGAGGCGCUGAGGGUCAGAUAUACUCUCUAUAACAGUCAGGGGGAUCAGAAAGUUAGUAAGUGGGAAAUCGAUCAGAGAGAUAAAGGGGUUAGACAAAAUAACAAUAACAGUUAGUUAGUUAGAUCUCUUUUAAAUUGGUAGUAUUUAGAAAAACGGCUUUUGGUCAGCAGGAGAUUUCUUAGUUGCACUACCAAUAAUUGACCACCAGGACAAAAUGGUUGCAAGGCUAGGUGGCAGCGCCGUAGGUAAGGUUGCUGUCAUAUCUGAGCACCUUGUCCCGUUUUAACUGAACUUUGGUUUGUUUGGGGUGGUGUGAAAGCUCAUUCGAACUUAGCAGCGGACCAAACAACUGAAUACUGGACGUUUGAAAACGAGGGUCUCAGUUUGCUUCCAAGUAAUCUAGAGAUUGGUUCAUUUCAGGUGAGAACAAUACAGGAAGGGAACCAAAAACAGCAUUUACUAGUAGAAACUUCAACUUUGCUCACAAGUUACAGACUUAUAUAAGGGAUGAUAACUUUCAAAUCCGUAACAUAAUAUGACCACACGUUGCUAGUCAUCCGCGUGACAACACAUUAUCUUUUCUCUCUCAUCAGGCCUGCCCUUUCCUUUACUCGCUGUCUGUCAGUUGCUCAAUUUAUUUGUUACUCCAUUGCUCCAAGUGUUGCAGGUUUCACUCAGAUAUUCUGUCCAUAAAAAAGAAACCGUGCGUUUUGACUGUGUGACAUUUGUUUACAAAAUUUGGUACGCUUAAAAAAGCAGUCUGAAUGU